AUGGCAAGAUCCAGAGUUUUUCAGGAUGAGUUCAUGUGUGCAGUAUGUCAGCAUCUCCUGAAGGAUCCAGUGACCAUUCCCUGUGGACACAGUUACUGUGAGAGCUGUAUUACAGGCUGCUGGGAUCAGGAGGAUCAGAUGAGAGUCUACAGCUGCCCUCAGUGCAGACAGACCUUCAGUUCAAGACCUGCUUUAGCUACAAACACCAUGCCGGCUGAACUGGUGGAGAAACUGAAGAAGAGGAAACGUGCUGCUGACUGUGACGCUGGAGCUGGAGAUGUGCAGUGUGAUGUCUGUACUGGAAAAAAAUACAAAGCCGUCAAGUCCUGUCUGAUGUGUCUGAACUCUUACUGUCAGAAUCACCUUGAGCAACAUGAGAAUUGGUUUAAAGGCAAGAGACACAGUUUGACUGAUGCCACUGGACGACUGCAGGAGAUGAUCUGCCAGAAACAUGAGAAGCUUCUUGAGGUUUUCUGUCGCACUGACCAGAAAUGUAUAUGUGUGUUAUGUAUGGAUGAACAUAAAAACCACGACACUGUAUCAGCUGCAGCACAGAAGACAGAGAAACAGAAGCAGCUGAAGGAGACGCAGAAGACGUUCCAGCAGAGAAUCCAGCAGAGAGAGAAAGAUCUUCAGCAGCUGAGAGAGGCUGUGGAGUCUCAGAAGCGCUCUGCACAGACAGCAGUGGAGGAAAGUGAGAGGAUCUUAACUAAACUGAUACGGCUAAUCAGAGAUCAGCAAAAUGUUGCAGUGAGUCGAGCUGAAGGACGACUGGAGCGACUGGAGCAGGAGAUCAAUGAUCUGAGGAGGAGAGACGCUGAGCUGGAGCAGCUGGAGCACACACAGGAUCACAUCCAGUUCCUGCAGAGUUUCCAGUCUCUCUCAGCACCUCCUGAAUCUACAGACGUAAAUGACGAUCUCUUCAGUUCUCUCUUCUCUUUUGAUGCUCUGAGAGAAUCUGUCCAUCAGCUGAGAGACAAACUGGAGGAUUUCUGCAAAGAGGAGCUCAAGAAGAUAUCAGACAGAGGUAAAAUCCUGGAGAUUCAUCUGCUCUCAGAAACCAGUCCAUCAUCCAGGAACGACUUCCUACGAUAUUCCCAUCAGCUCACUCUGGAUCUGAACACAGCACAUAGAUACCUCCGUCUGUCUGAGAACAACAGAGUGAUUGCUGUCUCUUCCAGAGAUCAGUCGUAUCCUGAUCAUCCAGACAGAUUUGAUGUGUAUCGUCAGGUGUUGUGUAGAGAGAGUGUGUGUGGAUGCUAUUACUGGGAGCUGGAGUGGAGUGGAAAUAAUGGUGUGCGUAUAUCAGUGUCAUAUAAGAGCAUCAGCAGGAUGGGAUCAGGUGUCGAGUGUAGGUUUGGAUAUAAUGAUCAGUCCUGGAGUUUGCACUGCUCUCCCUCCAGUUACUCAUUCAGGCACAAUAACAUAGAGACUGUUCUCCCUGUGACACCCAUCUGCAGUAGAAUAGGAGUGUUUGUGGAUCACAGUGCAGGAACCCUGUCCUUCUACAGCGUCUCUGACACAAUGAGCCUCAUCCACACAGUCCAGACCACAUUCACUCAGCCGCUCUAUCCU